CAUUUCUUUAUGUGAGCGGACGUACUGGGUGCAGUUAAAAAAAGUUUCGUAAUGCUGAUAUAAACAGUGUAAAACGAGCAAUCAGUAUGGGAGGCUGUUGUUCGGCCCAGGUGGCCUGUUUUUGUGGCCCGUCCCCGUGUACUCUGUGCUGUCAAUGCUGUCCUCCAAUCAAUGAGUCAACCAGUACUCGGAUCAUGUACACCAUCCUGCUCAUCAUUGGCUUUGGUAUAGCUUGUCUCAUGCUCACACCACAGUUCCAACACGUACUCAUUGAAACUAUACCCGAGUUCAAUGUGACCUGUGUUCAGCUGAAUGCAGGGGAGAACUGUGACAAGCUGACUGGAUACAAAGCUGUGUACAGACUUUGUGCCGGGAUGGUAGCGUUCCACUUUGUCUUACUCCUCAUAGUGGUUUUACCCUGUAUAUCCACCAGUAACAGCUGGAGAGCAGAAAUACAUAAUGGGUACUGGUUGUUCAAGUUUGUGGGGAUAUGUGCUUUGUGUGGUGGAGCUUUCCACUUACCAAUCAACUUUGGGCUAGUGUGGAUGUAUGUAGGGAUGGUUGGUGGGUUUUGCUUCCUCAUAUUGCAGCUUAUUUUAUUGGUGGACUUUGCCCAUUCCUGGAAUGCCAGCUGGACUGGCAGCAGGCAUGGGCGGAAAAAUAAUUUAGGAUUUGCAGGGACCAUUCUAUGUUCAGUGUUUUUCUUCAUGGCCUCCAUCGUUGGCUCGGUGUUAUUGUUUGUAUUUUACACCCGCCAUGAUGGCUGCGAAACCAACAAAGUGUUUAUAGGAGUAAAUGCUGGGCUAUGUGUUGUCAUGACCUUCCUCACCUUAAUGCCCUGCACACAAACUACUAACCCCAAUGCCAGUUUCCUGCAGGCUUCUCUCAUCAGCUUAUAUGUUGUCUACCUCACCUGGUCCUCUCUAUCCAGUGAACCACCUGAGGAAAUGACAGCUUUCAAUAACAUACAGGCUAGCGCUUCAGCACAAACAGCUGGUACCAAGAAGCCUAUGUCCAUCUCUGGACCGGGCCAGUCAUUCACCACGUUAAACAUGACAGGUCACAUGUGUCGCCCGGCGCCUUCCUUCGCCCACGGUGACCUCAUCUCAGCCUAUGCUGGACUACUAAUAAUGUUCAUUAUGGCCAUAUAUGCCAGUCUCCGGACAUCCCAUGAAGCUCACAAGUUAGGCAUUCCCAGACGUAGACAAGUGAUAAACACCUGCUGUUGUUGUUGCACUAUAACCAAACGUGACAAUCCAUCAGAGUUAGGGGGCCAGAGAGUGAUCCUUAAUGAGGUGGAGGGAGUGGUCUACAACUAUGCCUUCUUCCAUGUGGUCUAUUUACUGGCAAUAUUAUAUGUCAUGAUGCAGCUGACCAACUGGUACAGGCCUGAGGAUUCUGACAUUAACCAUUUUGGCCUGAACUGGUCAGCUGUUUGGGUGAAGAUAGCCUCCAGCUGGGCAUGUAUACUCAUCUACACAUGGACACUAUUUGUGCCGCGGUGUUGCCCCGGGAGAGACCUGCGCUUCUUGCACUCACCCCCUCAGUCUGAAGUGGAAGCGGCCGUGGAUGCAAGGGACCCUCUGGAAGCAGAAGAGCUACAGACCAGACAGCCUGGGGUGCCAUCUCCAAGCCAAGAAACAAACGUGUGA